GUGUUUGGUGUCGGUCCCAUUUUUUUCAUUUUUGAUACAACUUUAUUUGAAAUAAGUUUGCUAAAAAUUUUUUUAUUGAAAUACGACUUUUAUUAAUGCAAAUUAAAAGCUUAAAAUGCUGCCGAAUUCUCAUUUUUGUGUCAUUCUCAGAGUAUGAGUUCACUUCUCAUGUGUGACACUAUAAUUUUUAACUAUUUGAAAAAUUUAUACUCGUAUAGGAUGAUUUGUUCUAACAGCAUUAUUCUAUAACAUCAUUCUUUCAAACAUUUUUUUUACUCCAAAUAUUGUGCAGAAAAACAUGUGUGCUGCUCAAGAAUGUUUGUGCUUAGCUUCUAACCAAUCUAUAUCUAAAUCAAGCCAGCUAUUUAAUAUGUCUUUAAUACAUUCAUUAAAUUGUGCUUCCGACAAAUUACCCUGUGAAAGUUCUAAUUCAAGACUAAAACUGUUUAAAUCUAUUCAAGAUUGUGGAACAGCAAAAAGUAGAGCAUCUGCUAUUGAAAUCAAUAAUUCAUAUGAAAAAGUCCAAAACCCUCAAAGUAAUAAGUCUUUAUAUAUUUCAAAAGCUUGUAAAUAUUCUUUUAUAGCUUCUGAUUAUACUUCUCCUGAAGGCCAAAAGUUGUUAAGUAUCAAAGUAUAUCAAAAUCCAUCCGAAGUGGAUGCUUUUAAGAGUAAAAAUUUUUUAUCUAAACGAUCUAUCUCUGAAUAUUUUUUAAGCAAAAAUGGAAUAGAAAAAGAUAUUCAUGAGGACAAAAGUAAAGAAAAUGGAUUAUUUAAGUCUUGGCAACGUUCAAUUUUUAAGUCACCAGUUUCAACUUCUCAUGAAGAAGACCCAAAUAACAGUGAAGCUGUUAAGUAUCAAGAUUCUGCUUUAAACAUUGCCAAUGAUGCCCCAACAAAGAGUAAUAUUUCAUUGCACUAUCAAAAGCAAGGACUGCGUACCUUAGAGGCUGAACCAAGUGGAUCUGGUGUAGCAGAGAACUUGGAUGGAAAACUACUUUCUGGUCUGUUAGAUGAAAAAUUCUCGCACAAAGGAUAUAACAUUAAUCCUAAUGUGAACUUUAAGGUUUUUGAUAUCGAAUCACUUAGUGAAGCUGGUGAACCUUGUGACAGUGUAUCUAUCGAAAAUAAUGCACACUUUGGUAUUGAUGAUGCUUGGUUUAUACCUAGUGCUAGACAUAUGUUCAAUGCUGCUGACAUUUCUGGUUCGGCAUCAGCAGCACAACUCAGUAUUGCCAGCAGUUUUGGUGACAGUAGUUUACCUACUUGCAAAAUUUGCCAUACAGCUGCAAAACCUGAAGAUCCUUUAAUAUCUCCUUGCCGCUGUACAGGCACUCUUCGGUAUAUACAUUGUGGGUGUUUGAUGAAAUGGCUUGAAAUAUGUAACAAAAGGUCCAGAAAACCUCCAACAUGUGAAUUAUGCAAAUAUCAGUUUCACUGGCACAAAAAGUUUAAGGUUGGACAGUGGCAAUUCCCACACUGUUCCUGGCAAGAUAAGAUAUUGCAUACUGUCUUUCUUUUAUCUGUUUUAAUAAUGAUUGGAUGUGCUAUUGUGACAGUUCUUUGCUUUAAACAACACAGAGGUGCAAAAGCUGAAAUAACCCAUUUAGAACUUACUCAGUCUGAAAUUAUAACUCUUAUUUGUGGGGCUUUAUUUUUCCUUUCAUUUUUUUUAGCAAUGUAUGUUGAAAUCAAAGCUAGGAAUACAAUCUACAAACUUUUGCUCAAAUUUAUAUAUCUCAAUCAGCAGUGGUAUAUUGAUGAAUAUGAUAAACGAAAGGAAAGUUCUGCCAUUGAUGUAUAAUGCCUAUUAUGUACAAAGUUGUGAAUAUUAUAUAAAUAUUGUAACUUUUUUCAUCUUUUUAUUAACUGCAUAGUUAUUCAAAGCAUUUUAAAAAUGUUCCUUGACAUUUAUUGCAUAGCUGUUCUUAAAUCCAUAUUAAAUAUGUUUUUUAUUUAA